GAAGCGGAACUUUUGAAGGGGGAAGGUGGGAAGCUACUGAACUACCCGCCAACGAGGCGUGACACCGGAAGUACUCUCCAGCGGGCGGCUGUCAGCCGGAAGAAGCCCCGCCUCUUCGCUCUGUGCGGCGUGUCCAUUUGUUGGCGAGUACGGUGGCCGCGCGGGAGGGGAAUCAGUGCCGUUCUGUCUCUUGCAGCGAUGGCUCCCAAGGGCAGUAGUGGCGGGGCUCGUCAGCAGUCGGAAGAGGAACUGCUCCUGCAAGAUUUCAGCCGCAACCUCUCGGCCAAGUCCUCGGCGCUGUUCUUCGGCAACGCCUUCAUCGUCUCGGCUAUCCCGAUAUGGCUUUAUUGGCGGAUCUGGCACAUGGACCUCUUUCAGUCUGCAGUCCUCUACUCUGUAAUGACCCUUGUCAGCACCUAUCUGGUUACUUUUGCUUACAAGAAUGUGAAGUUUGUUCUUAAGCACAAGGUAGCCCAGAAGCGGGAAGAUGCUGUUUCCAAAGAAGUGACCCGCAAGCUUUCUGAAGCAGAUAAUAGGAAGAUGUCACGAAAGGAGAAGGAUGAGAGAAUUUUGUGGAAGAAGAAUGAAGUGGCAGACUAUGAAGCAACAACCUUCUCUAUCUUUUAUAAUAACACCCUCUUCCUUGUCCUAAUAAUUGUUGCUUCCUUUUUUGUGUUGAAGAACUUCAACCCCACCGUAAAUUACAUCCUCUCCAUCAGUUUUUCAUCUGGACUGAUUGCUUUAUUAUCUACAGGCUCAAAGUAGAUAGAAUUGUUUGGGUAUACGAAUUCAUCUGUGUCUUGCCCAAUCAGAAGAAGGUAGAUUUGCCAUUUGUACAUUGUCUUUUGUUUUGUUUUGUACAAGAUGGGAUGAGAAUAGGAAGCAGUUUUGUUAUAAAAUAAUACCAUUCUAAUUUAGGCUUGCAAUGUACUUAUUCAAAAAAACUUCUGACCAUUCCGGAGAAGAUAGAGAUCCAGCUGUAUCAUCUGAGAAAUUCAACUAGAUCUGGAAUUCUUGAUUAGAAGUUUUUGGGGUUUUUGUUACAUUGUUAUUAAAAAAACUUUGCUGAAAA